GAAUGUCCUCGUUUCUUGAGGUUGCCACUUCUUCACCGUUCAGCUAUGAGGAAGCUAAGAAUUAUACGAGGAGUUUUGAAAUGACGGCAUUCACCAUUUCUUUGGUGUAUAUUGUGACUAUAUUCAGUAUAAAAGCCAUAAUGACCAACUUCAAGCCAUUCCAACUCACUGCUGCUUUAAACUUCUGGAACGCUUGGUUGGCGAUAUUCAGCACUAUUGGCAGCAUAGCGACGGGUUAUGGACUUUUUUAUGAGAUUCACUACAGAGGAAUUUUACUACAUGUUGCGAUCAUACGGUAUUGCCUCCUUAUGGAAAUGUCGUAUGUGGCGUUGUUCGGCAACUUUUACUAUCAAUCGUACGUGAAGGGAGGAGGAAAGAAAUUCAUUGCUGAAAAGUCAAAGAAACAGGAGUGAAC